UAAAGAAGGCAGGCAUUCAGAUUUUGGGUGUCAAGCGAGGCUUUGUUGCGAUGAGGAGCUGGUGGUAGAUAAUAGGUUUAGAGUUACUUUAAAAAAGAAGCUUCCUAAAAAAUACAAAGAAGAAAUCUGAGACAGGAUAAAAAGAUCAAUGCCCCAAAAAUUCCCAAAUAAAUAACCUACAAAGUAUUUAUCUUCUAACUCCUAGUCAAGCAUAAGAGAAACAGUAGUGUAUGAAUCCCUGCUGUCUUCGGUGCAAUCAAUGAAUACCUAAGUUCUUAAUGCCAAGAUUGAUUCUUCUUCAGAGACUUCCAUGGCACAAGCAUCACCUCCCAAGGUGACUAUUAGGUUUCCUUCUCCUAAGUAUCAAAGUCCAGUCCAAAUACCUCAGCAGCCGGUCGUGGCCAAGCCACAAGAAGACAGCCCUUCUUCAAUAAAACAUCACACAACACUAUCUACCAUGACUCUCCAACUACCCAAGAUCAACAGAAACUCACGAGUUCCUCUCCACAACAGGUACCCUCCUUCUCACUGUCAGGAACCACUUCCGAUCCCAAAGAGAUCACUCCACUUACAAUUUCCCACACAAAAAGCGCCCCAGCCAGCUUCAGGCCAAGCCAAAGUACUCCCUUUCCAGUAGAUUUCAUGAGGAAAUAAAGGAGAGUACACAUACGGAAAGGAUUAAUAUGAGGGAUCUUCUUGAAAAAGAUGAAAAGAGUAUAAAGAAUACUUUUUACAGAAAGAAACGAUAUGAGUAUCUGAAGAAGCAGUAAGAAAAUUAGUGACUCUUAGGAAAAGAAGUGUAGUAAAAGAAGGAAGUUUGAAAGGUAGAUUUACUUAUUCAUUAACCCAGAUUCUCAAGCUAGUAUUUCAAGUAAGCCUAAAAAAUCUCAGAAACGCAAGAAAUAUAAGAUGCAUUUUAAGAGGUUCAGUAUUCCUGGACCAUCAGCAUUAGGAAAGUAUGCACAGGAAUUUCUUGGCGAAAAGUAUCCUAAACAACCAAAUAAGUA